GAUGGAGCGGCGGAGCGGGCCCGGGCUGGCGCUUCUGGGCGCCUUGGGCCGGCGGCUGCUCUGGGCGCUGCCCGCUUACGCCGCGGGGCUGCUGGGGCUGGGCGCGGGCGCCGUCGUGCUCGCUCUCGCGCUCUACGCGGGCUGGCGGCGGCGGCGGCGCGCCCGGGAGCGCGGGAUGCGCGCGGCCGAGCGCCUGCAGCGCGACGAGGAAGCGGCCGUGCGCGCCGCCGCCGCCGCCGCCGGGCUGGGCGCGGCCCGCGGGGAGCUGCCGGCCUGGGUCAGCUUCCCGGAUGUGGAGCGGGCGGAAUGGCUCAACAAGGUGCUGGCGCAGGCCUGGCCGUUCCUGGGGCAGUUCCUGGAGAAGCUGCUGCAGGAGAGCGUGGCCCCGGCCAUCCGCGCCUCCAGCGCCCACCUGCAGACCUUCACCUUCACCAGGGUGGACAUGGGCCAGAAGCCCCUCCGUGUCCUGGGGGUCCGAGCCCACCCUGGAACCCACAACAAGCAAAUCCUGCUGGACCUCAACAUCAGCUACGUGGGUGACGUCCAGAUCGACGUGGAGGUGAAGAAGUUCUUCUGCAAGGCGGGGGUGAAGGGGAUGCAGCUCCACGGGAUGCUCCGGGUCAUCCUGGAGCCCCUCCUGGGGGAGGCGCCCAUCGUGGGGGCGCUCACCAUGUUCUUCAUCCGCCGCCCGACGCUGGACAUCAACUGGACAGGGAUGACCAACCUGCUGGACAUCCCCGGGCUCAGCUCCAUGUCGGACACGCUGAUCAUGGACAGCAUCGCCUCCUACCUGGUGCUGCCCAACCGGCUCCUGGUGCCGCUGCUGCCCGACCUGCCCGAGGCCGCGCGGCUCCGCUGGCCCCUGCCGCGGGGCGUGGUGCGGGUGACGCUGGUGGCCGCGCGGGCGCUGCGCUGCAAGGAUCGCUUCAUGGGCGGGCUCGUGGAGGGCCGCUCGGACCCGUACGCGGUGCUGCGCGUGGGGACACAGGCGGCCACCAGCCGCGUCAUCGGCGACAACAACGACCCCCGCUGGGACGAGGUGUACGAGUUCAUGGUGCACGAGGUGCCGGGCCAGGAGCUGGAGGUGGAGCUGUUCGACAAAGACCCCGACAAGGACGAUCUCCUGGGCAGGAUGAAGCUGGACCUCGGGGAGGUGCUCAAAGCACGGGUGAUGGAGGAGUGGUUCCCGCUGCAGGAGGGGGGGCAGGGCCGGCUCCACCUGCGCCUGGAAUGGCUCUCGCUGCUCUCCGACGCCUCCAAGCUGGACCAGGUUUUGGAGAGGAACCGGACAAUCGUGGCCAAACCCGACCCCCCCUCCGCCGCCAUCCUGGUCGUGUACCUGGACAGGGCUGAGGGGCUGCCCGUAAGGAAGCCAGGCAAGGAGCCCAACCCCGUGGUUCAGGUGUCGGUGCAGGACGUCACGAGGGAGAGCAAGGUGGUCUGCAACACCCGGCCCCCCGUCUGGGAAGACGCUUUCCGCUUUUUCCUGCACGACCCCCGGAACCAGGACGUGGAUUUCCAGGUGAAGGACGACCCCCGCCAGGCCCCUCUGGGCUCGCUGUCGCUGCCGCUGUCGCGACUCCUGCAGUCGCCGUCGCUGUCGCUGGCCGAGCCCUUCCCGCUGCAGCGCUCGGGGCCGGGGGCGCGCCUGCACCUCCAGCUGGUGCUGCGGGUGAGGAGGGGGCUGGGGGGGGGGUCGCGGGGGGGGUUUUGGGGGGUCCUGCUGACCCCCCCACCCCCCUCCAGGUGUUGUUCCCGGAGCCCCCCGAGCCCGGCGAGGCCACCCCGGGACAAGCGGAGCCCCCCAAAAGUGACAUCGAGGGACCCCCCCCCCAGACCGAGCCGGGCCAGCCCCGACCCCCGGUUCGGCACCGAGCGCGUGCUGCGGAUCCACCUGCUGGAGGCGGAGGAUUUGGUGGCCAAGGACCAGCGGCUCGGGGGGCUCGUGCGGGGCCGCUCGGACCCCUACGCCAAGGUCCGCGCGGGCGGGAGGAGCUUCCGCAGCCGCGUGGUGCGCGAGGAGCUGAACCCGCGCUGGAACGAGAGCUACGAGGUAAUUUGAAUUUUUUGUCCCCAGGUGAUCGUGGACGACGUCCCCGGGCAGGACGUGGAGUUCGAGCUCUUCGACAAGGACAUCGACAAGGACGAUUUCCUGGGCCGGUGCAAGGUGCCCCUGAGGAGGGUCCUGAGCGGCCGCGUCGUGGAUGAGUGGCUGCCGCUGCAGGACGUGCGCUCGGGCCGGCUCCACGUGCGCCUGGAGAGCCUGGAGCCGCGGGGGAGCCCCGCGCUGCUCGAGCAGGUGCUGCACACCAACAGCCUCCUGCAGCCCGCCCGCGGCGAGGAGCUCUCGGCCGCGCUGCUCUGCGUCUUCCUGGACCGAGCCGCCGAGCUGCCGCUCCGGAAGGGCUCCAAGCCCCCCGCGGCCCUCGCCAGCCUGGCCGUGCGCGAUGUCUCCUUCAAGACCAAGACCUGCGCCCCCUCCACGGAGCCCGUGUGGGAUGAAGGCUUCUCCUUCCUCAUCAAGCGGCCGCACGCCGAGUCGCUGGAGCUGCAGGUGAAGGACGAAGGCGGGCAAGCCCUGGGCACCUUCAGCUUGCCGCUGGCCCAGCUGCUGGCCCAGGAGGGGCUGGCGAUGGACGGCUGGGUGCCGCUGGCCGGGGGCGGCGCCGGCGCUCAGCUCCUGCUGCGGGCGCAGCUCGGGGUGCUGGUGUCGCAGCAGGUGGAGGAGAGGGCUGCCAGCAGAGUCCCCGAGGGGGGGGACACGGAGCCGCGGGAGGAGGAGGAGGAGGAGAAGGGGGAUGAAGAUGAGGAGCGCGGGGCGGGGGGGCUGCGCCAGCGCCUGCCCCCGGCGGACAGCCGCCCCGAGCCCCCGCAGGGUCCGCGGGUGCAGCUCUCGCUGUGGUACCACCAGGAGCAGCGCAAGCUCGUGGCCAUCGUGCACGCCUGCAGGGAGCUGCGGGCGGCGGCCAAGGAGCUGCCGGACCCCUACGUGUCCCUGGUGCUGCUCCCCGACCGCAGCCGCGGCACCAAGAGGAAAACGGGCGUGCAGAAGAGGACCCUGAACCCCGACUUCAACGAGAGGUUCGAGUGGGAGCUGGCCCUGGAGGAAGCGGCGCGGCGCCGGCUGGAGGCCACCGUCAAAUCCACCGUGUCCUUCGUGACCCGCGAGAAGGAGGCGCUGGGCAAGCUCCAGCUGGACCUGGCACAGGUGGAUCUGUCCGAGGGAGAACCGCGCUGGUACGAGCUGCAGGACGAGCGAAGCAUCCCCUAAAUCUGGGGACCCCCCGGACCCCCCCAAUCCCCAUGGGGAGGGCGAGGGGGGGCCCGGGACCCCCCCGGCUGCUGCCGCCCCCCCCCCCGACCAAAGACGCGCCGGGCCGGGCCCCCCCCGCGCCCCCCAGACUGUUACGAACCUCGUGCCUUUCACCCCCCACCCCCCGAGCGCCCCCCGGCACCGGGGGGACCCCCGGGGUUGUGUCCCCCGGUGUCCCCCCCCCCGCCAAGGGGGACGCUUGUUCGAGCUGCUGCUGCCACCGCCGGGACGUCCCCAAGAUGUCACCGCCGGGAUGUCGCCGGGAUGCCACUGCCGUGAUGCCACCACCGUGCCGCCACCGGGAUGUCACCGCGCCGCCACCGCCGCGCCACCGCCUCGCUGCCUUCCCGGGGCUGCGCCCCCGUCCCCCCCCCCCCCCCCGCGCUAAUAAAGGAGGGAGGACACGG